AUGAUCAACUCCAACAAUCCAAAGACAACUCUCCUCUCCCUUCCUCCCGAGCUGCAUCUCCUCAUCACUACGUUUCUCCCCUUCCCUGAUGUCAUUUAUCUUCGCAUCACCUGCUCCCACCUCUACUCAGUCCUCCCACCCCUUACACUCCCCCAGCUUCUCCUCGCAGAAACAUCCAGCUACGCACUGACCAAGGAUCUCUACGCGUGCCGAUACUGUCUCCGUCUGCGACCGGCAGUUGCAUUCGCCGAUCGCAUGCGGUGCCGCCGGCGGAGUAGGCAUGGGCGCGAUGCGGGGAAGCGCUUCUGUGUGGAGUGUGGGCUGCAGUCGCGGACGGAGGGCGCUGGUGAGGCGAGGUACGGGCCGGGUGCGCAGAUUCAGAUGCAGGGCAUUUUGUACGUUAUUUGUAUUACGUGUAGGGAGUUCAAGUUGGGUGGGAAGGGCAUUGAGUGUGUGGAGUGUGUGGUCCAGAGGGAGAGGUUGCGGAGGGCCAGAUUGGAAAAGGAGGUUUCUGAAUCUAAACGGGUUUUCGCCCGUGGAUCUUCAGAACAUGGUGGAUUAUAG